CUGCUUUAUUGCGUUUAUUUCAGGACGUCUUUAUACCCAGACGUUUUUUCACGUUCUCAUCCAUUUGAUAGUUUCGAUAUCAACGACCUCAACACUGUUGAUGACGCCGUACGAGAGUUACUUCGUGAAGAACUGCGUUCUCCACAAGUUUCCGAUUUCGUAAUCGCACAUGUUAUUGGAGUGGACCAUUGCGGACACAAAUAUGGGCCAGAUCAUUAUCAAAUGGCUUCCACAUUGAGAAAGAUUGAUGACAUCAUUGUGGAGACGGCGAAUGUUUUAUCGACUGGAGAUUUGCUUAUUGUUCUGGGGGAUCAUGGUAUGACUACUUCAGGAGACCACGGCGGCGAUAGCGAUGAUGAAACACAAGCUGGUCUUCUGUUUUACUGGGUUUUUGUGCUGUUUUGUAACUAUUCUAUUACUUUACGAGAUAGACAACGUGCUGUCAUUGUAGCUCUCCCUAAUGGUCUCCAUCAAAUUGAUUUAGUGCCGACGUUGUCGCUUUUGCUCGGUCUUCCUAUCCCGUUUCUCCAAUCUCGGAGUCGUGAUUGA